AUACUAAACUGAUCAUUAUAAAGGUUAGUACUAAUAAAGGCAAUCAAUAAUUGGUUAAUCUCUAAGUAGUAAUCAAUGUCAUGUUUGUUUAAUCAUUGAAAUACUGAUCGAGUUCUAUCAACUAAGUUUAAAUGUGGUCACUAGUCUAAAUGAUGUAAAAAAUAUAUGUACAGAAAAGCCAUGCAUCAUUUAUUUGGGCUUCAUGAUAAUUGGGACUCUUCAGUAAAACAUAACUAAAAUCUUGACGGAACUAAUACCAUCUGUGAAAUUCAGUCAAUUUUAGACAUUACCAAUGAGCUGUUCGAGCUGCCACUGACUUUCUGUAGAACUGAGAUAUUUACAUUGAUUAAUGAUUGAGUCAGCUUGUUUCAUGUUUGUCUUGUCUUUUUUAUUUCCAGUCAAACUGCAUCGAUCAAGUUUUUGUUUAGACACGAAUUGAAGUGACUUUUCAAAGCAAACAUAGUUUUUUGAUGUCAGUUGAUGGUUGGAGGCAACUGACAAGAAACUAAAUCGAAAUUUCAUGUUCAUUGGUAUUCAUCAGUAAGGUAUUCUUCCCAGCUUUAGUGGACUAAUACUCUCAGGUGGAAUUGUCACUAUUUAUGAAAUUGGUGUUUUAAAGUUUACAUUACUCAAUUGUUUUAUAUUGGAUAUCACUCGUUUUACUUAAUAAAUAGUCCGUAAAUCAAGUUAUUUAUUCUAAAGAUGUGAUUUCGGCAGUAACAUUUUUAGUUAAGCUACUGGAAUUUGUUUUGCUGUUAUAAGAAAUUCAUUAUCUAUAGUCAAAUAAUAAUAAUCACGUACUCGCUAGUAACUAAUUUCGAGAAGUUAUUCUUGGAGCUCUACUGAGAAGUCAGCGAUAAGAGGAGUUCAUCUUUAUCGGUCUGAGGUAGUUAUCCGCUAAUGACAUUGGGAUAUAGUUGCUCAAUACUUCAAAUAAACUGAAGUUAUAAAUGUAAACUUUUUAAUAUUGACUCAGUGAUUUAAAUGUCAAUCACUUGUUGAGAGACUCUUGAACGUCCUUGCUUCGAUUCCACUGUGCCUAUGAGGAGUUCCAUACUAGAACAAAACAGCUGUUGACUGCUUCCUGGUUUUCUGAAGAAGAUUGUUCUGUAAUAUAAAGAAUGAUAGUGUGAAUUAGUUAUUCAUAUGCGUUUUUCUCAUAAUUCAGUAGGGAUAAUCACUUCAAAUCUUACUAUAAUUAUAAUUCUUAGGAAUUAAUAUAGAAUGGUAAUUCAUGAAGCUGGGCAGUUCUUUAAGGUUUUACUCUUGUUCCAGUUUAUUUGGUAAUGGGAAUGGUAUUUCGCACCAAGUAGGCGAGGUCAUACGACGUGCUCGUCGUAUUUACCUAAUUUAACAAUCAGAGCAGCACAAAAAACGUUUAAUAAUCACUAAACCUAACGACUAUUUUAUAGGUAUCAUUACCAAUGUUUGACCUGAUAAUUUCAAAUAAACUGAACAUUGGGUAAAUUGUUAUAAAUAAAGAUAAUAUAUAGAUUUCCUUGAAAAAGCUUGGACCAGAUUGCCAGGCGAAACGUUGGAUUUACUACAAAUUCAUUCGCUGAGAUUUUACAAAUAUAUUAUUCCUAUUUAAUGUCUUACAUCAACUCGGCGCUCAAAUACUGUGAAACUAUUCGCUCUAAUUUAGACGAGAGUUCUUACAUAAAGAUAAUAUAUUUUUAAUAACCCAUUGUGUAGGAAAAUUAGAUUUUCUGACGUUUGGUUACACUUCUUCAAAGAAUAAAUAACCGAAUCAAAAUUAAUCCAAAUUUAAAUAGUACAAUGGAACAAAGCAAGAUUAUUAAGUGUGAUCAAUCAAAAACAGGUCUGAACAAGUCAAUGUCAUUUCGGUGAAAGUGAUUUAUAAGGGACAUGUAUGAAAAUUUGUAUGUGCAGGGUCAGGAGUGAUAAGGUGUGACCUUUGUGGUGUGAUAGGAUAGUUUGAUUUGUAUGUGCAAUAAUAGUGUGAAAUGUGAAUUAUAUCAGACGUAUAGAUAGUUCAGUUCGGAUGGAUAAUGAGGCCUUCUUUUCUAUUGAGAGCAGUAGGAUUGAUCAUUAUAUGGAACGCUUCAGCUACUCUCCUUUCUUUGUAGUUGGAAAAACCUUUUUGUAAUAUUCCGAUAUUGAUUUGAUGGUUGUUGAAAAUGGCAUGAACUGCUAUUGCUGAUUUAACUUAGAGUCUAUCCAGUUCUACAGGAUUAUUAGGUGGUUUCUUUCUGUACCUAAGAUGUUCUUUUGAUCGAAUCGAGAUGAGUCUUCAGUAUAGUAGGCAUCACAAUCGACACUUUAAUUUGUACACAGUUCUGUGUUAACAUAAAGGGUUUUUUUAAGCGAACUAAAGUAUUUUGAAGCGUGUUCGUUGCUUUGUAAUAUACUUUAAUCCCGUAUUGUUUUAAAAUUCCCUGGAGUUCCUUUAUACUAUUGAAAUUUUGAUUAAUUUUGGUUUGGUUAUUUAUUCUCUGAAGAAGUGGUUUACGCUGAGUCAAGAAACAUUAGAAAAUCUAACUUCUCUACACAUUGAGUUGUUACAAAUACAUUAUUUUUAUUUAUAACGUUUUUGGUUAUAGAUGGCCAGAGAAAUACUAUGUAUUCAACUGGAAGUCAUAGGUUUCUCUCUUGGUUUUUUAAUGACGUUCUAAAUCAAUGGUUGACAUAGUCUAGAUCCGAUCACGUCUGCUUAUAUUUACUGAAUAUUCUCCAAGUUCGACAUUUUCUAUUACUCUUCAUGUUUUAAACCCAUAUCAUUGGUUGUGUGUUCAAAUAACUACACACUUUUUAGAGGCUUAACAUUCUUUCGUUUUGAAGAGGAGCAAUACUUUUCAAGAGAAAAAAUUAUAUUACUGACUUCCAAAGUUGACCUAAAUCGUUUUUGUCUAAUUUCAUGUUACACUACAAAUGUUCCUUUUUAUUUUAUGAUGUAAUCUGCUGCACUUAUGAAAUUAAGGUGGACAUUCUCAUUGGACUGCAUAAAAGUCCGCAUAAAUGAUCUGUAUCACUAGUGACAAUCUACUUCCAGUGACCAUUUCUUCUAGCGUAUACCGGUGACUUCGUGAUUUAAGCAUUUCUUUUUCAGUCAUGUUGAGGGUUCAGUCUCAUCUCCAUCUACUUCGAUUUAACCAGCCAAAUAACACCACUAGCUCUCAUAUGAACAUAAUAUGGCUCAUAGUCUAGAGUAUACAAAUGUUCACUUAUUAAAUCAGUUAUCAAAAGCAAUCUAACAAAUUGUGUAGUUGAGUAAUUUAUUCAUAGGAUUUAAUUGUAUUUUCAGCCUAAUACUACUAGUUUACCCCACAUGUGUUUAUCUUCAAUGUUUUUAAUAAACUAAGGAAUAUACCCACUUACAAGUGCUGGUAAUGCUCUGUAGCUUGUUCAAUAAGUAGAACGCGCGCUUGAGUUGUUGGCUUUUGUGGGGCGUUUAUAUCAUUUCGGUAGUUACCAUCGUUGCAAUGUGGAUUAUCAGUUGGAGAAAAUAAGUGAACACCUUGUAGUAGUAUUAGGAAUAUCAAUUAUCAAACCUAUCGGGCUUUCAUUUACAUUUAAAGAUGUUAUGACUAACUAAAUUACUUAGUACUAUCUUACCAUAGUGCACAGGAUGUCAAGUUACUCAGACUAAUUGCUUCAUAGUUAUUUGAUUGUUACAGUUAAAUCAGCAUUUAGAAAGUAAACAAAUAUAAUACUAAUCACUACUCAAUCAAUUAGUUGUCCCUACAUGGAGUUCGAAUGACUAAAUAGAAACUCCUCAAACUGUUAAGCUGGAUUCAAAUCCUACAGGUAGUAUUUGUAUAUUCCGAUUUUCAGGUACGCCUUUUUGAGGGGGUACCAACUAAUUCAAAACCUGGGUUUAUGGUUUCCUCCCAGCUAGAGUUUGUUCGACUGUUAGUGUCGAAUGACUUAGCAUUUACAUAGCACUUUUGACUACAGUCUAGGUAAUCCGUCAAUAAUUGUUAGGGUAUUAUGAACCAUUCAUAUUGAUUUUAUAAAAUCUUAUUGGCUUUAUAGUAAACAAGAUUACUUCUGCCCAUGAUUAUCUUCUGACUAUCAUUUGACCACAUCUUUACCAGAAAUUUGAUUUGUUUAUUUGUUAUAGAAUGGCUGAGAAGGCGGAUGAUUUAUACUUACCAAAUGCAGUACUUCUUCGAAUUAUCCGUGAAUCAUUACCUGAACGUACUCUUGUCAGUCGUGAAGCACGUUCGGCAAUUAGUAAAUCAGCUAGUUCUUUUAUACUUUAUGUAACAUCAUUAGCCAGUGUACAUUGUGAAAAAUCAAAACGUAAAACAUUAACAGGAAGUGAUAUAUUAGCUGCUUUAAAAGAAAUGCAAUUUGAUCAUUUUAUACCAGCAUUAAAUUCAUUUUUAGAUAAAUAUCGUGAACAGUUAGUUUUCAAAAAAUCGAAUAAACGUCCACAUAAUGAGAAUGAAGAAGAAAUAUCUACUGAAAAAUUAUCUCAAAUUCCAUCAUCUUCAACAUCACGCCUAAAACAUCGAGAUAGUAAUGUUACAAUAGUUGAAGAUGAUGACAAUGAUGUUGUUUGUGAUGAUGCUGAUGAAGAAAUUGAAGAAGUGGAAGAUUUAGAAGUUAUAGAGGUAGAUAAUGACGAUGUCAUUGAGGUUACAGAUUCUCAUAUAGAAGAAGGUAUUGUAAGAAAUGAUGAAGUAGGUAGUGGUAUUAGUGAUGAUGAUGGUGAAGAUGACGGCAGUUCUCAGAACACAGAAGCUUUAAAUGAAAAUGAAGAUAUACUUUAGUAUGUAUUCUGUUAUUCUUUUAUGCAAUUCUGUCCGUACUAUGUAACACUACAAAUUGAACUAUACCAAUGCAUUUUUUUUAUUGAUAUUCAUAUCAAAAUAAUCCGAAAUGUUGCAUUUUUUUUCUGUAAAUUAUUUAUGUUAAUCUUCUUUUUCUAAAUUGUAAAAAUUUUGAUUAAGAAAAGAAGCG